UGAAUCGGCGCGCACCUGUUGAUCCGUACUGACCUACGCAAAGCGGCGCUCUUUUGCCACACGAAAUUCGCCUGGAAAAUCGGAAAGUGCGUUCACAGAAAUCCGGGAAAAGUCGCAGAGUUCCCGAGGGACUUUUCCGGUCGCUCCGGUCUUUAGACGAUCUUGAAAUGCGCGUGCGCACUUCUUACACGCUUAUAAAAGCAACGACAAGAUUCUUCAGAUUCACAAGUUGUUAGCACUCAGUUUUGAACAGAAGUGAAGUUGAAAUGGCACUCAAAUACGUCGUGGUGGCGGUCGUCGCAUUCCUAUGUGUGGAAGCCCUCAGCGCCCUCAGUCUACACAAGAGAUCCCUUGUGUCCAAUACAUCAGCCAACACAUCUGCAGAAGCCGAGGCGAAGGAGGUGUGUCAGGGACGAACGCCGUGUGGUUGGGCGGUUUAUAAUCGAAUUACUCGCUACAUCGACUACUUCAUGAAGAAUAAGUGUGAAUGCAGCAAAGAGAAGAAGUGCCUUCGUGACGACGACGAUAUCUCCAUAACCGCUUACGUCUACCGCUGCAAGAUCGACGACGGUUCGAAGAAUACUUCAUGAGAUCGACCGCCAUAGGCUAGUCUAGUACGUGACACUAAACGCCAAAAGGGCCUACCCUUAGAUUCUGCCUCUAUAGUAUCCAGUAUUUCAGACUUUAGUACUUAUGUAGCGCACGGUUCGUGCCGUUUUUACUUAAACCAAAAAAUCUUACAACUGUGCAAUAGUCGGGUAUUGCCGCCAUUUGUAAUUAGUUUAGGUACCGCAAUCUUAUUGGCUGAAUAGGUUUAGUAUUUGUAGAGUAGUGUUCAUAUAUUACUACCUGUGCUGUAUUUAUUUUUAUUUAUGUAUUUAUCUCAGUAUUUGACCCAUACUAUCCAAAUUCUCGAUUGUUUUUUUAUAACAAAACUGAUGCAAUAAAAUGUUUUAUCAUGUUUUCAUUGAUGUUAUUAAAACUCGAGCCCGGUU